GCAGGGGGUGGAGCGGCCUCUGGUGAAUGCGUCAGCUAAGUGAGUUGAUACGUUCGGCAGCCACGUGGUACACAUUCGGUCGCCACGUGGUACACAUUCGGCAGCCACGUGGUACGCAUUCGGCAGCCACGUGGUACACAUUCGGCAGCCACGUGGAUCUGUGCUGUGCGAAGGCGUUGCGGACCAGAGCAGGGUGUGGCGCCAGGUGUCCGCCAGUGGUUGGGUCCCGCGAGGUCUGUUCAACGAUGAGAGGGUUUGGACGAAGCGCUGGUUAUAAUCGAGGGGGUGGAGGAGGAGGGGGAAGAGGAGGGGGCGGAAGAGGAGGAGGAGGAAGAGGUCGAGGCAGAGGAGGUGGAGGGAGAGGAGGCGGAGAUGGGGGUGGGGGUGGGGGUCAACAGAGGUGGUGGGAUCCUGAGUGGAGGAAGGCAAAGCUCGCGCAAAUUUCAAAGCAGAAAGGGCCGAUGCUGGAGGUGGAUGAAGAUAAAGUCUGGCAGCUAUUUCAGGAGCUCAAGGCGUCAAAUAAACAAGAGUUCAUACUGAGGGGAAACUAUGGUCGCGAGGGUUGUGAAUUGUUGCAGAGCCUUGCUGAGGAGGCUGGGCUGCAUUGCCGGGAUUACGGCAAAGGUGAAGCUGUGGUGGUCAGCAAGGUCCCUCUCCCAAAUUAUCGUGCAGACCUGGAUUCUCGUCAUGGCCGCACAGAGCGAGAGAUCACAAUGUCAGCAGCGACAGAGGACCGGGUCGAGCGAGCUCUGGAGCACGCGCGGCGAUCGGACACGGGUUCCUCGGCUGCCAAGAGUGUAAUGACCUCGGGGCCAGAACAUCCUAGACAGAACCUUGAUGCAAGCAAAGUAAAGGUACCAAGUUCUGCAUGGGACGAUGGUGAUUGGGAUUCUAAUGAGGCACCUCAGCAGGUUCCGAAGGUCUCUGCACAGGGACCGGUGGCCGCAGACACCAUAGGCCGGAAAACACCAGCUUGGGGAAAAGCCCAGUCCACUGAUACCGCUCUGAAUGAGAAGGCGAGGCAGGAUGGUGAAAUGUUAAAGACAAAGCAAGCCAGGCAGCAGGCCUCUCCAGCUGUGCAAGCCAUGCUUGCCUUUAGAAGAAAACUGCCGGCUUUUCAGAAGAAGCAGGAGCUGCUGGAUGCUGUGCGAAACAAUCAGGUUUUGGUUGUUUCUGGUGAGACUGGUUGUGGUAAAACAACUCAGCUUCCUCAGGUGGGAUACCAAAUUCGGCUGGAGUCGGAAAGAAGUGCCAACACUCGACUUUUGUUUUGCACCACUGGAGUUCUGCUACGGCGGCUUGUCACAGAACCUACCUUGACAGGGAUUACACAUGUUAUGGUUGAUGAAAUUCAUGAAAGAGGAAUGAAUGAAGAUUUUCUUCUAAUUAUCCUGAGGGACCUUCUUCCCAAGAGACCGGAUUUACGAUUGAUCUUGAUGAGUGCAACCAUUAAUGCUGAGCUGUUUUCUGCUUACUUCGGUGGUGCCCCAAUGGCACACAUUCCUGGUUACACUUUCCCCGUGAAAGAGUUGUUUCUUGAAGAGUUACUUGAGAAAACAGGGCACACGAUUGUAGAUCAAUCUUCUGGUGGGUUUGGUGGAGGUGGGGGAGGAGGAAGACGAAGGCGGAGGAUGCCCGACAGCAAGAAAGAUCCAAUUACUGAGCUGUGGGAGACCGUAGACUUGGAUAGAACAUUUGCAUCGUAUAGCAUGCGUACACGGAGGUCACUCGAGGAAUGGAAGCCAGAUCAGAUUGACUUAGACCUAGUGGAGGCAACUCUUGUUCACAUCUGCCAAAAAGAAGAGGAUGGAGCUGUUCUUGUAUUCUUGACUGGAUGGGAUGAAAUUUCUAAAAUGCUGGAGAAGUGCAAGGUGCAUCCGAUUCUGGGAAAUAUGGAUCGAAUCCGAAUCCUGCCACUGCACGGCUCUCUGCCGACUAUUAACCAGAGAGAGAUCUUUCAGCGACCGCCUGAGGGUGUGAGGAAGAUCGUGCUUUCAACAAACAUUGCAGAGACGAGUAUCACGAUUGAUGAUGUGGUGUUUGUCAUAGAUUGUGGAAAGUCCAAGGAGACGAGUUACGAUGCGGUGAACAAGUUGGCAUGCCUUACACCUUCUUGGAUCUCCAAAGCUUCUUCUCAUCAGAGACGAGGCCGUGCGGGUCGAGUUCAGCCGGGUGUUUGCUAUCACGUCUACCCCAAAGUUCUUUAUGAUGCAAUGCAAGACUAUCAGCUUCCAGAACUGCUGAGAACGCCUCUAGAAGAACUAUGCUUGCAAAUCAAGAGCCUGGGGCUAGGGAGCAUCGCCAAGUUCCUCAGCAGAGCAAUGCAGCCGCCAGAAGCGCUCGCAGUGAAGAACGCAAUUGAGCUACUUGUGACAAUUGGCGCUCUGGACUCGGCUGAAGAGCUUACAUCUCUAGGCCGCCAUCUUGCUGCUCUCCCAGUGGACCCUAGGAUAGGGAAGCUUCUUCUCAUGGGCGUGAUCUUUUCCUGCCUUUCCCCUGUUCUGACGAUUGCUGCUGGCCUGGCGUACAAAGACCCAUUUGUUCUUCCAAUGACUAAACGAGAGGAGGCAGAUGAAGCUAAAGCAAGCUUUGCCGGCGACUCCCAGAGUGAUCACUUUGCCUUGCUUUGCGCUUAUGAUGAAUGGCAAAAGGUACGGAGAGAUGGUAAGAACGUGGCACAGACCUUUUGCUGGCAGAACUUCCUCUCAAUGCCGACGCUUCAGAUGAUGGAAGAUAUGCGGCAGCAGUUUGUGGAUCUCCUUUCGCAGUUUGGUUUCAUGGACAAGUCCGCCGGUGUAGCGUCAUACAACCGCUAUGGAAAUGAUAUGGAGUUGAUAAGGGCAGUGAUCUGCGCCGGCAUGUACCCUAAUGUUGUCCGCGUGGAGAAAAAGGGCAGGCAAACAUUAUUACACACAAGAGAGGACGGGCGUGUGAAGCUUCAUCCAACUUCUGUGAUUUCUAUGGACAGUCUCAGCAGGAACUCAUGGCUGGUUUAUCAUGAAAAGGUCAAAACUACGGAUAUAUUCAUUAGAGAUGCUUCAGCUGUGGGUGACUACGCGCUCUUGAUGUUCGGAGGGGAGAUGUCAACAAGCCCCAGUGGAGCAGGAUUCUCUAUGCUGAAAGGGUAUCUGCAUUUCUCAACGGCACCUCGAUCUACGCAAUUAGUAAAGGAAUUGCGGGCCCAGCUGUACCGGCUACUGGAACGGAAGAUUCAAGAUCCUCGCAUGGACAUGCAAGUGGAAGGAGGGGGCGUUGUAACGGCUGUACGGGAGCUUCUUCAUGGUGAGCAGCAGUCUCAAGCAUAUGGAGGAAGUGGAUAUGGAGGGAGCGGAGGUGGAUAUGGUGGUGGGCGUGGGCGUGGCAGACGGUGGUAAUAUUGCUGGUAGGUAGGAUUAGUGAAGUGUUCAAAAAGUCAACAUCUAUAGGAUGUAGGAUUAGUUAAGCGUAGCUCAAGUUGCCAUCGGUAGAAUAUAUAAACAGUGAGAGGAAACAGACUUGUCAGGGCAGCCUCUCCCCUGCUGUAGCUUUCUGUACGGGUAUGGAAUGAAUGGGCUACUUCUCC